AUGCUUUCCGAUCUGCCAACCGUGGUACAGCUUCUCCAGGCUACUCUGGAUCCGCAACAACACAAGCAAGGCAAGUUCAAGCUCGUUCGUAAAAACGAAAUCAGUCAGUCGCGUUUGUCUGCUGAGGCCGCGCUCAAGAACGAAGAGACUCAGCCUGGGUUCUCUCUUCUCUUACUGAACAUCGUCGCAUCCGAAUCUCUUCCACUCAAUACCCGACUUUCGGGCGCUCUUGUAUUCAAGAACUUCAUCAAGUUCAACUGGGUGCGCUACCAGGACGAAGAUGGAAACCACAAACUCCCUGUAGACGAGGUCACCACGAUUAAGAAGGAGCUCAUAGGCCUGAUGAUCACGGUCCCGGCGAGCAUACAAUCACAACUGGGAGAGACGAUCAGUGUGAUCGCAGAUUCCGAUUUCUGGACUAAGUGGGAUUCUUUGGUCGAUGACCUGGUCUCACGCCUAACGCCCGAUAAUCCAAGAGUCAACAUUGGGGUCUUGGAGGUUGCGCACUCGAUUUUCAAGAGAUGGAGACCGCUCUUCGCAUCCGAUGGCCUGUAUACCGAAAUCAACCAUGUUCUGUCGAAGUUUGGAGAGCCGUUCGUUCAACUGCUUGCAAAUACCGACCGCCAAAUCGACGCGAACAAGGAUGAUAAGGAUGUUCUGAAGCAAUAUGUAGAGGUUAUGAAUCUUCUGGUCAAGCUCUUCUACGACCUUUCCUCGCAGGAUCUUCCUCCUAUAUUUGAAGAGAACCUCGGAGGCGUCACCUCGCUGUUACACAAGUACCUCACGUACGAGAACCCCCUGUUGGCGACCGACGACGAUUCUGAGUCUGGACCCUUGGAAUAUGUGAAGGCUGGUAUCUGCGAGGUAAUGACUUUGUAUAUGCAGAAAUACGAGGAUGCUUUCGGAGAGCUUUGCAAACCAUUCAUCACAAGUACCUGGAGUUUGUUGACGACCAUUGGCCCGGAGACGAAAUUCGACAUCCUUGUCAGCAAGGCCUUGCAUUUCCUGACAGCCGUGGCUAGCAUCAGCACGCACGCCGAGAACUUCAACAACGAGGCUAUCUUGGGAGAAGUCGUGGAGAAAGUUAUUCUGCCCAAUGUCAGUCUGCGCGAGUCGGACAUUGAGCAAUUUGAGGAUGAGCCCAUUGAAUACAUCCGGAGGGAUCUCGAAGGAUCCGAUGCAGAUACUCGCCGGAGGGCAGCCACCGAUUUCUUGCGGAAGCUGUUAGAGAGAUUUGAAGCCAUCGUUACACAGGUGGUUGGUGUCUACAUUAACCAUUACCUAGAAGACUUCUCCAAGGAUCCCAGAAGUGCAUGGAAAUCGAAGGAUACAGCGGUGUAUCUUUUCUCGGCUAUCGCCGCAAAGGGCGGCAUUACCGCCAACCACGGAGUCAAAACAACCAACUCAUUGGUCAACAUCGUCGAGUUCUUUCAGAACAACAUUGCUAGCGAUCUCAUUGCGGAUACCGGUGUGGAGCCGAUUUUGAAAGUAGACGCCAUCAAAUUUCUCUAUACUUUCCGCAGUCAACUGACACGGGAGCAAUGGAGUGCAGCAUUCCCGCCUCUCGUUAAGAACCUUGGAUCGUCAAAUUAUGUUGUCUACACAUAUGCUUCGAUUGCGGUUGAGCGAGUUCUAUUCCUUACAAAUGAAGCAGGACAGCACAUCUUCGGAAAGGAUGAUGUUGCACCGUUCGCAAAGGAUCUUCUGGAACACUUAUUUCAGUUGAUAGAGAAAGACCCCGCCCCUGAAAAGGUUCAAGAAAACGAGUUCUUGAUGCGUUGUGUGAUGAGAGUCUUGAUUGUGAUUAAGGAUGCUGUAUCGCCAAUUCUGGAAAUUCUGCUCAAACAUUUGAUCGAUAUCACUGGAAUCAUCGCCCAAAAUCCAAGUAAUCCGCGCUUCUACUACUAUCAUUUUGAGGCGAUGGGUGCACUUGUCAGAUUCUCAGCUCCAUCGCAACCGGAAAAGCUUGAGAACGAUAUGUACACCCCAUUCGCAGGCGUUCUGCAGAACGACAUUCAAGAAUUCAUGCCGUAUGUCUUCCAGCUUUUCGCUGCUCUUCUCGAGUCCCGCCCGCAAGGUCCACUAUCCGAAUACUACAAGGCAUUGAUUGGCCCGGUACUCUCACCUGCUCUAUGGGAGUCGAGGGGUAAUGUUCCGGCACUGGCUCGCUUGCUCUCUUCCAUUAUCCCUAGAGCCGGCGCGGAUAUUGUGGCAGCUGGCCAGAUUGAGCCUAUCCUGGGAAUCUUUCAAAAGCUCAUCGCUGGCAAGGCGAGAACCGAGCUAUACGGUCUCGACGUAUUGGAAGCUGUAGUUGUAUCCUGCGACGUGUUGGUUUUCCCCAUUUACCAUGAGAUGGCCUUUGCUGAUCUAGUAUAUUAUAGGGCUGCUAUCCAACAAUACUUUCCCACCAUCCUCAACCUACUAUUCACACGACUCCAAUCUAACCCGAAUGAGAAAUUCAAGCAGAGAUUCGUUCGUUUCUAUCACCUGAUUUCGUCACGGGACCAAUCUGGUCUCGGCGCAGAUUUCUUUAUCAAGAAUGCGGAUGCAGUUCAAGACGGCGUUUACGUUCCGCUCUACCUCACGAUUAUCCUCCCUAAGACCCAAGAACUUGUACGACCAGUCGACCGCAAGCUUGCAGUCAUAUCGUUGACCAAGACCCUGUGCGACUCCCAAGCCUUCGCAGUAAAGUAUCAAAAGGGAUGGGGUAAGACCUGCGAAGCACUACUAAAGUUACUGGAGAACCCGCCGGUACUCGUAUCCUCAGAUGAUGCUGUCGUCGAAGUCGACGUCGAUGACCUGAGCUUUGGAGUUGGCUUUACACCACUGAACACGUGCAAGAAGGUACCCAAGGACGAAUGGGCGGAGGUGACAGAUGUCAAGUCCUGGGUAGGCACAUACCUGAAGGAGGCUGACGGAAGACACGGAGGUACAAUUGGCGGAUAUGUUAAUGAACGCCUUGUUCCAGAGGCAAAGAAUGUGUUGGUCUCUUACAUGAGAUAG